CACAUCCAGCACAUCAGGUAUUGGAAAUCUCAUUAUUUUCAGAUACUACAAUUAGCAAAUAAAUACACACAUAUGGCUGGUUCAAAUCAAGACAUGAGUCUGAACAACAACCAGAAUACGUUCACAACCUGUCACGAAGGAUAGAAUAUGUAAUCCGAACGUACGAGAUUUAUUCUGUACAGAUAUCACACGGUUAGGGUUUGACUCUGAUACUAACAUACUAGUACAUACACAUAUUACUAACACACGCGACAACAUUAAAGGACCAGCAAUGAGAAACUGGGGGAAUACGCUCGGUAGAGAAAAGAAGGGCGCGUAUGUGUGCGAGCUCAAAAUGGAGAAAGCAAAUGCCAUUAAGUUGGCGCUGAAAACAUGCAAGAAGUCCAACAACGCUGUGUUAGAUCUCAGUAACAGUGAGUUGACCGACGUACCUCCCAAGAUCAAGGAGUGCAGUCAUGUAGAGGAGUUGUACCUGUAUGGAAACAAGCUGAGCACCCUGCCAGUGGAAUUCAAAAAGUUGACAUGCUUGACAACACUUAUCUUGAGUGAGAAUAAUAUCAGGGAAAUCCCCCCGGCAAUGUCGUUUCUGAAACUCGAAGUAUUUGAUCUUCGCCACAACAAAUUGACAGAGAUACCGGAUGUUGUUUACAACUGUACUACACUUAAAAAACUAUACUUAAGACAGAACCGAAUACAGACAAUCGGACCAGAAAUUGCUAAAUUAAAG